GAUGGAUGAAGAAUUGUAUUGUGCAUUGACGGAUUUUAGAGGAAACAAUCACUUUUUAGAAUUAAAUGUCAACGGGAGUUACAAAGAUUUGGCCGUUGCAGUGCAAAGCCUAAUUGCUUGUAGUGCAAGCACGAUACAGUUGACUUACAAAGUACCCCACACGCAAGAAAUAUAUGUUCGUGUAUGUGAUGAUGCUGAUGUCUCGAUAAUGGUCAAUGUACAUCGAAGUUGCAAGGAGAAUGUUGUUGUCAUGAACGCUGAGAUGAAUCGAGACAUAUUAUUUGGCAUACAAGCUAACGAUGUCCAUAUAAGUAAUCCGUAUAUCCCCUCUAGUGAUGAUCAUGUUUCUCAUUCACAAAAUCCAUCGUAUUCACAAAAUAUGUCGCGGGAAGUUGAGAGCUCUAAUAUGAUUCCUAUUGCAUGGCACAAUGCUAUUAGAAGUGUUGGUCAAGAAUUUGAUGAUGUUGAACAUUGUCGGCGGAGUUUAAGUAAUUACUCUAUUGCACGAGGAUUUAACAUUGAAUUUGUAAAAAAUAAACGCAAAAGGGUGACAGCAAAAUGCAAGGCCGCAAACUGCGAAUGGAUGAAGAAGCUGUAUCAACCUCUCUCAGAAAGUAAACCAGAUGGUAUGAAGGGUGAUGAGUGGACUCUUCUCGACAGACAAGCUCUUAGAGUUAUCCGAUUGACGUUAUCCCGCAAUGUUGCUUUCAACAUAGCAAAGGAAAAGAUCACGGCGGGCCUUAUGGUGGCUCUCUGA